CGCAUAACGGCGCGAAACGUCAACGCAGUCGGGACCACUCCAUGGGCCAGUACCUGGCAGCGCGCCGCGCGCCGCCGCCGUGCGAUCUCUCGCCCGAGCAGAUUGAGGAGAUCCGCAUGCUGACGCUGCUCCCUGUCGAGGCCAUUCUGCACUUUCGGACGCGGUUUCUUGUGUACAGCACCGACGAUGCUAUGAGCAAGGACGCCUUCUUGUCGAUUCCAGUCGUCGCGAUCAAUCCGCUGCGUGAACGCCUCUGGAGCCUCUUUGAGCUCACCCCGGAAGGCGACGUGGCGUUUCCCGCUUUUGUGGCCGUCAUGGCUGUCUUUACGUACCACAGCUCCAAGGAUGCCAAGCUACGAGCCUCGUUCAAGCUCCAUGAUUUCGAUGGCGACGGACGCAUCUCCAAAGCCGACUUGCUCGCGUACUUGUGUCUUGUCGCAGACUACGGCGACCCGACCGACGAGACGGAGAAGGACCUCGACAUGGUGGUCACGCGCACGAUGGAAGAGGUGUCGAGUGACGGGACGGCCGAGUUUCUGAGCUUUGACGACUUUGCAAGAGUGGUGCUCGCGACAGAGUUUGAGACCAAGUUAUUGCUACCUCUGUAGUACUCAUUCGACCUCAGAUGCUACACGGAUGAGAGCUCAAGGAUCUUAUGGCAAAGGUAGACAAGUGAAAAUGUGAUGCCAUGGCGAAGAACCAUGUUGUGUUUUAAAGACUCCAAUCUGAAAGUUUCCCUUAAGUAAAGACAAUUUACUUCUUCGACUUCUUGGUGGCGAGCUUGCGCGAGUAGAACUCGAGCUCCUUGCCCUCCAAGAUGU